UAACCAGUUAUAGAGAGAGAAAGAGAGUACAGCUAGUGCACAUCUACAUAGGCAAUUGCAUUUCAAUUUCAUUACUACAUUGUGCUAUGCUAUCCCAUCCAAAGGAAAGUGAAUCCCAAGGACACAAAAACCAGAACGUAGAGUCACUCCACCACAGCAGAGCACAGCAACCCUCAAAUCCCUUUCCUUUUUCCCUCCUGAUUUAGCAAAAAAAGCAGAAGAAAAAUCCAAAGUUUAACCUCAACCCUCGAUUCUUUCUUCUUUUCCUUAGUCAGACUCUCUCUGAAUCUGAUAUCACCACACACACACAAACACUUAAAGGUUUUUCCUUUCCCCCCAAAAUUGCCAUGAUUUGAUCCCUCUCAGCUGUCACCACCACACACACCCAAAUGGGGUUUCCCAGAAAAUCACUAUUCCUUCUUCUGUUCCUGAUUCUCUUCACAAACCUUGCUGAAUCUGCUUCUGACUACACCACCUUGGUCUACAAGGGUUGCUCCAAGGAAACAUUCACAGAUCCAAAUGGGGUAUACUCACAAGCCCUUUCAUCACUCUUUGGCUCAUUGGUCUCACAAUCCACCAAAGCCAAGUUCUUUAAGGCCACUGCAGGGAGUGGCCAAUCCUCCAUGACUGGGCUCUUCCAAUGCAGAGAUGACCUCUCCAACUCCGACUGCUACAACUGCGUGAGCAGGCUCCCGGUCCUGUCCGACAAGCUCUGCGGCAAGACCACCGCCGCCAGAAUCCAGCUCCUGGGUUGCUACAUGCUGUACGAGGUUGUAGGGUUCACGCAAAUCUCGGGGAUGCAGAUUUUGUACAAGACCUGUGGGGGAACCAACGCUGCUGGGAGAGGGUUUGAGGAGAGGAGGGACACUGCUUUCUCUGUGAUGGAGAAUGGGGUGGUCACUGGCCAUGGCUUCUAUGCCACCAGCUACCAGUCUUUGUAUGUGAUGGGGCAAUGUGAGGGAGAUGUUGGUGAUUCUGAUUGUGGGGAGUGUGUCAAAAGUGCUGUCCAGAGGGCUCAGGUUGAAUGUGGAAGCUCCAUUUCAGGCCAGGUCUAUUUGCACAAGUGUUUCAUUAGUUAUAGUUAUUACCCUAAUGGGGUUCCAGGAAGACACUCUUCUUCAGCUUCAUCAUCUUCCAAUUCCUAUUCUUCUUCUUCUUCUUCUUCUGGGCAAAAUACAGGGAAGACAGUGGCUAUAAUAGUAGGAGGGGCAGCUGGAGUGGCGUUUUUGGUCAUAUGCUUGAUGUUUGCUAGGAGUUUGAAGAAGAAACGUGAUGAUUAUUGACAGUGGAAGAUGGUUGAUUGAGGAGGCAUAAUUCUUCAUGCAGUGGAUUAUUAUUUCUAUAUAUAUAGCUUUUGGAUGAAAGAGAUGGAAAAUUUCUGGUAAUUAGACUUUAGCAGAUAGGGAAAGAAUCUGGGACGGUUAAAAUGUGGGAACUACUAAUUCUUGUAGUUAGGUAAGGAGAUUUUGUUGUGAAGAACGGUGUAAUUAGCUCAUGAAAGUGAGAAUUUUUUUACAUUACAAGGGGAAAAAAAACAAAUAUACCUAGAGGAAUGAAUGUUUGUCAUCCUGAAUGGGUGAAAAUUUUGUGCCUAUUUCUUUAUCCAUGUGGAUGAUUCUCUUU